UGAACGAAGCUUAACCGCUAAGCUUCCCCGUAUUCAAAUUCACUACUUCUCUUUGGCUUGCAUUAUAUAGAGCACACCAUAGACCGACACAAAGCGGAAUCAAGGAAAAGGAAGCUGCAUUCUUUGUUAGUGCUGUAUAUUACUAUGCUUACCAAUAACAAUAACAAGGUCAUGGUUGUGGAAGCGGAAGAAGGUGGUGCUGGCGGCGGCGGCGGCGGCGGCGAGUUCGACCAUCUCCCAGAAGGUUGCAUAGCGAAUAUACUUUCGUUCACCAGUCCUCGUGAUGCCUGCGUUCUGUCUUUGGUGUCAUCUUCCUUCAGAUCCGCCGCACAAUCCGACGUCGUAUGGGAGAGAUUCCUCCCCUCCGAUUUGCACGCCAUGGUUUCCCAAUCCUCGAAACCUCUUUCUUACUCUUCCAAGAAGGAACUCUACCUCCACCUAUGUCAUAAUCCCCUCCUCAUCGACGGUGGUCAAAAGAGCUUUGCACUCGAUAAACCCAGCGCCAGAAAAUGCUACAUGCUCUCUGCUAGAAGUCUCUCCAUUGUUUGGGGAAACACUCCUAGGUACUGGAGAUGGACUUCGGUUCCAGCGACCAGGUUUUGGGAGGUGGCGGAACUUGUUAGUGUGUGUUGGUUGGAAAUAAAGGGAGGGAUCAAAGGUCGCAUGUUGUCCCCGAAUACGUUGUACGGGGCAUACCUUGUGUUUAAGCAAAGGAGCGGCGGCGCCUACGGGUUUGAGAACCAACCGGUUGAAGUGUCGGUUGGGGUUGCCGGAGAAGGGGAAUCUCGGCGGCGAACGGUGUACUUGGAGGCAGCGACACCUCGAAGGCCACGUCACCAGAUUGUUCCUCGAAUAUUCAGCCGUGUUCGUUCUCGUUUUCUGGAUAGUUUUGAUGCGGCACCGCCUCCACCGUCCCGUGUUGAUGAUUCGGCGGUGGGAGGUGAGCAUCCGAAGGAGAGAGACGAUGGGUGGAUGGAGGUGGAAUUGGGUGACUUCUUCAACGGCGGCGGCGGAGGAGAGGAAGAGGUGGAGAUUGGUGUGUACGAGGUGAAGAGUGGGGAAUGGAAAGGGGGCAUUCUCGUGCAAGGAAUCGAGAUAAGGCCCAAGAACAAAAAUUAAAACGACGACGCGCCACGCUCAAUUUACGAUGUUGUUUUGUUUGUGUCUACUUUUGCCUGCACGUAGCUAUUCAAAUAAGCAAGCUUCGUCUAGAAACUACAACUAGAAUGAUUUGUAUUUCCAACGGAUGAGAUGAGAUUAUUCUCAAUUUUAUAAAAUGGUAUUUGUUUCAA